AUGAGACACCUAUUGUUUUUGUCGUUUCUCUUAUUGACGAUCGUUCCUUCGACGAACGCCGACUGGUGGGACUCAUUCACUGACAAAGUCGCCAACGCUUUCACUGCGGCGGGCGAGUGGUGGAAAAACGAUGCAUCGCCAAAAGUGCGCGAGACAUUUGACUCAACGAAAGAGAAGCUGAAAGAUCCCGAAUUUCACAAAGGCUACAUGGAGUGGAUUAAAGAGAAGGCGAUCGCUGCCAAAGAGUUCGCCGAUGCCGAGAUCAUGCCACAUGUCAAGGAGAUCUAUCAAGCAGCCGAAGAUGCCGUCAAACAGGUGAAAGACGAAGACAUGCCGGUACAAAAGAAUCAAAACGACUCGAAAAAA